AUGAGAGUUAUUACCAAUACAUUUGGUAGAAGCUUUUCAAUAAAACCGAAGUUGCUGAUAAUUUACUGCUUCUUGGCUAUUAUUGGACAGACAUUCUAGUCAGUCAAUUAAGAAAUAUCUAAGGAUUAAUGCGCAUAACCUGAUAUGAGAGAUCUCACAAUUACUGUUAAGGCUUUCAAGAAUUCUACAAACACAUGUGUUUUGACAUAGAAGGCUUAUUUGUACGGUGGCACGAGUGAUGAUGUCUUUGUGGAUGUAACUUAAGAUACUGCUGGAAAUGUCUACGCAGUUGGCAAUUCUUACUCCCCUGCCUAUACAAGUGGAGAGUAGGACAUCACUGUGUUUUAGUUUGACUCAACUGGUGAGAUUAAGUGGGGCAGGUACUGGGGAUCAUCUUACACAGAAACUGCCACAGCCAUUGCUAUGGAUGAAGGAGAUAAGUUCUUUUAUGUGAGCGGCUUUAGUAAUUCGGUCCUUACUCUUAGUAUUGGAAAGAUAGACAUGUUUGUCAUUAAGUUUGUUAUCUCGACUGGGCUUAUAUCUUGGGCGAGGAGAAUCGGCUAUGACAAUAAUGACAAAGCAAAUAGUGUGUUUCACUAGAACGGAUACGUCUACUUGACUGGGGAGUCAGAUAGUACUGGGUGGACUACAAGUAAGACUGAUAUCAUUAGUAUGAAACUAGAUGCAUCAACUGGAGCUUUUAGCUGGGUAAAGUACAUUGGAGGGACCCAAGAAGAUUCAGGAGUAACCAUCAUAGUUGAUUCAGAUGAUACUGCAUACACUCUAGCACAAGGAUACUCAGUUGAAUUGACAUUUGGUACUCUAGAUAUAUUCUUAAUGAAAUAAAAAGCAGAUGGAACUCUUGAGUACUUCUACAACUUCGGAGGUACUAACCCAGACUAUGCCUCUGAUAUGAAAAUGUGGGUUAACUAACUUUAUAUAACUGGCUACUCUCAAUCCUCUUCUUUAACAAAUGGAUUUUUGGACAUUUUCAUUUUAUCUGUUUCAAAGACAAACCCAACUUCAACUGUCUUUGUUAAAUACAUAGGUACACCUUCUUUCAGUGAAUACAGCAAGGGACUGUCAGUUUUAAAUGACGGCAGUGUGCUACUAAUGGGUUAGAUAAAUGCAAAUGGGUACACCAAUGGAAACAACGAUGUCCUGCUUGCCUACUUAACCAAAGAUGGCAAAACCACCUUUGUGGAAUACAUGGGAGGUACUAUUGCUGAUAACCCAGGAGACAUAAUUUACAAUACCGUAGGAAAAGAAGUUAAUGCCUUCAUCAAUAGCAACACAGUGUCAUUUGGAAAUUAAGGAGGCUAAGAUUGGAUGGUUUUUGUCACAGAUUUAAAAGGUAGAAAUCAAUGCACUGCCUUAAAUAUUAAGAACGUAACUCUUGACUUACUAUUCAAGGAUUCAAAUUCCAGGUUUAGGUCAAUCACUAGUUCAGUUACUUUGAGAGAUAUCACAUCCCCUACAUCAGGCUCAAUCACUAAUGUUGGAAUCAUUCAAACUCUCGGUGCUAAAAAGCAAUCAUUCUGCUAAAAGUUUGGACCCAUUGUUAACGAGGAAGGAGUAAAUGAUACUACUGUUAUAGAAAAUACGUACAUGACUUAUCAGACACCAACAUUUUGCGAUGACUAGACAGCAGCCCUUACCUAUACUUUAACAAAGUCAGGUGGAUCUGCUGUUGAUUCUUGGAUGAUUUGGGAUGGCACUGUUCAAACUCUUCAAGGGCUAGUCCCUCAAGCUAAAACAGCCUAUACAGAACUUACUUUGACUGCCACAGAUAAAGAUGGUCUAACUUGCAGUUCAAACUUCAAGGUUAACUUUGUGAGCAAGCCAUACUUGAAUAACGCUUUGAAGAAUUGGAAAAUUAGAACUGAAUAGUCAUUCUUUUAUACUAUUCCAGAGGAUACCUUCUUGCACCCUAAUGCACUAAAGAUUUCUUAUAUCUUCUACAACUUCCCAACUUGGAUUACAUUCACUAACAUAACAAGGACUUUCUAAGGCACUCCAACUCAAUAGGAUGUGGGUACUUUUACAAUCACAGUGGUAGGCAAUGAUACAAAAAACCAAUCUGCGACUACUUCUUUCUAGAUUGAUGUACAAAAGAAUUACUAUCCUGUAGUCUAGAAGCAAGUAGAUGACUAGCAGAUUGAUCUCAACGUGCCCUUCUCUCUUUAAUUAGCUGCUGACACUUUUAUUGAUCCUAAUGGAGAUACUUUAACCUAUAAUACUACUCCAUUGCCCUCUUGGUUGAAGUUUGACAAAUCAAUCAGAAAAUUCACUGGUACUCCUACUGCUUAUGGUCUUUAUUAGAUAAAUGUAACAGCAUCUGAUGAUUGGAACGGUGUGGCAAUCAUGAGCUUUUAUGUUGUAGCUGGAAUUAGGCCAAACACUUCUCCUUUUGUCUCAACUAAAAUUCCAGACUAAACAGCCUAUAGAAAGUAGCUAUUCUAUUAUAAAAUACCUAAUGAGGCUUUUGUUGAUGCAGACGGAGAUAAACUGUAUUUUAUUUUGUCUCAGCCGAAUGGAGAGUACAUCUAAAACUGGCUUUAGUAUGAAGACUUCACUAGAACUCUCUCAGGUUUGCCUAAUGAAAACGCCACAACUUUCAAUAUCUACAUUGUCGCUGAUGACCGAAGAGGAGGGAGUGCUUCUUAAGAAUUUACAAUAAUGAUAGAAUCAUUGGCUUCAUCAGAACAAAGUUAUUUAGCUUUGAUAAUAGUUAUAAUCAUCCUUGCUGCUUUCAUCUUAAUAGUCACCCUCGUUGUUCUGAGAAAGAACUUGAAGUGCAAGAAGAAGAGGAGACAAACAGAUGGAAUCAACUCAGAUUCUGAUAGCUAUGAGGAGGAUGAUGAUAUCUGCAUUGAAGAUGCUAAGCCCAAGAAUCCUUUCGCUUUUAAAAAGGAGGUAGAUACUAAGACUUAGAAUGACGAUAAGUACAAAAAUGAGAGGUUCAAGUUCUAUGGAUCAUAGGUGCCUGCUCACGCCAAGGCCAAGCUAAAGGCUGAAGAUAAUAAAAAUGGACCUUGA